AUGCCAGGGUACUCCUCAGAUUUUCCAGAGACCACUCGUUUCUCCCUCCUCCCUUCACAUUUUUUUCCCAGUUGGAGUUCCUCUCGUCUUCAUGUUCUGGAUAAGAAACAGAACGUCCCCGUUGGGUUCCGUGGCCCUACAUUCCCCAAGGCCCGCCAAUCUCUGAUCAGAACAACCUCCUGGGACGCCCAACUCCUAACCCCUUUUCACCCGCUCAGGUUCUCAAAAACCAUGACCGUGACAAGAGAGGCCAGUCGCCUCAUCGGUCCGCGCAGCCUGAGACCUCAGGCCAAGAAAUCCUCGAGUGACUUUAUUUCGGCAAAAUCAAGAAAAACGAAAAGCAAAAAGAAACUGCAAACACUUCGCAGCUCGGCGCUUCAAUCCCACCCGCCGCUCUCGUCCGACCCGCAGCCCAGCUCAGUCUCGGGCCUCGCCCUGACGUCAUCAAGGCGCCCGGAAGUAGCCGGAGAGCUUUCCCGGGCAGCAGAGGCUGGUGGGCUUGGGGUGAAAGAAGCAGGGCAGAUGCAAAAUCUGGAGAGCGCGGGGGCCGGGCGGUCAGUCAGUACCCAGACUGGCAGCAUGACCGGUCAAAUGCCAAGACUUUCUAAAGUCAACCUUUUCACUCUGCUCAGUCUCUGGAUGGAGCUCUUCCCAGGAGUAGAAGCCCAAAAGCAAAAAUCUCAGGAAAAUGAAGAAGACAAAUGUGGACCCUUAGGAGAUGAUAAAGAGAUGGCCAGAGAAUCUACUGACAAAAAACAGGUGAAGAAAACUGGUCUUGUGGUGGUGAAAAACAUGAAAAUUGUUGGUCUCCAUUGUUCUAGUGAAGAUCUACAUGCUGGGCAAAUUGCUCUUAUUAAACAUGGGUCAAGGCUGAAAAACUGUGAUCUUUAUUUUUCCAGAAAACCAUGUUCUGCUUGUUUGAAAAUGAUUGUAAAUGCUGGAGUUAAUCGAAUUUCAUAUUGGCCUGCUGAUCCAGAAAUAAGUUUGCUUACUGAGGCUUCUAGUUCUGAAGAUGCAAAGUUAGAUGCCAAAGCUGUGGAAAGACUGAAGUCAAACAGUCGGGCCCAUGUGUGUGUCUUACUUCAACCUUUGGUGUGUUAUAUGGUGCAGUUUGUAGAAGAGACUUCUUACAAAUGUGACUUUAUUCAAAAAAUUACAAAGACAGUACCAGAUGCUAACAUUGACUUUUAUUCUGAAUGUAAACAAGAAAGAAUAAAAGAAUAUGAAAUGAUAUUUUUGAUUUCAAAUGAAGAAAUACAUAAGCAAAUCCUGAUGACUAUAGGUCUGGAGAACCUGUGUGAAAAUCCCUACUUUAGCAAUCUGAGGCAAAACAUGAAAGACCUUAUCCUAAUCUUGGCCACGGUAGCUUCCAGUGUGCCCAGCUUUAAACACUUUGGAUUUUAUUGUAGUAAUCCAGAACAGAUUAAUGAAAUUCACAAUCAAAGUUUGCCACAAGAAAUUGCAAGGCACUGCAUGGUUCAGGCCAGGUUAUUGGCAUAUCGGACUGAGGAUCAUAAAACAGGAGUUGGAGCAGUCAUUUGGGCAGAAGGGAAAUCUAGAAGCUGUGACGGAACCGGAGCUAUGUACUUCAUAGGAUGUGGCUAUAAUGCCUUUCCUGUUGGAUCUGAGUAUGCUGACUUCCCACAUAUGGAUGACAAGCAGAAAGACAGAGAAAUAAGGAAAUUCAGAUACAUCAUACAUGCUGAACAAAAUGCCUUGACAUUUAGGUGUCAAAAAAUAAAACCAGAAGAAAGAAGCAUGAUUUUUGUGACAAAAUGCCCAUGUGAUGAAUGUGUACCUUUAAUUAAAGGUGCUGGCAUAAAACAAAUCUAUGCAGGGGAUGUAGAUGUUGGAAAAAAGAAGGCAGACAUCUCUUACAUGAGGUUUGGGGAACUUGAGGGUGUUAGCAAAUUUACCUGGCAGCUGAAUCCAUCUGCAGCUUAUGAUCUUGAACAAAACGAGCCUGAAAGGAAAGAAAACGGUGUGUUGAGAGCCCUGCCUGGGAGUGAGGAGCAGCACCGCAAGAAGCUAUGUCUGGGAAAGCCUUCGGAGGGCCUCUCCACGCUGCAGUGACGGCCUCAGGAGUUGGUUGUUGCACCUCUAAAGUUCAGCCUUGUUAACUCAGAAAAUGAGGAUGGAUUUCGUGAACCAUUGAAAAGUUUGUUAGGAUAAGAAUUAUGUUGACGAGGACAUUUUUAUUUUAGACUUAUUUGUGUAUUUUUCAGAAUAUGGCAAUGUGUUUAAUGCUUUAAUGAGAUCAGUGUCAUCACCAACAGGGAUGGAUUUCUGUUUAUCUCAGUUUCUAUUUAUACAGCCAAUUUGAAAGGGGCUGGCUCACUGGAGUCAUAUCUCAACAGGGAAUUACAUAUCUUUUGAGAAAUAUUAAUUCCUUUGGAUUACAAGGGUGAGAAUUAGUAAAUUGUCCAGGGAAAUAAGUGACAAUCUGUUCAUAUUUUAAGAAUCCAUGUAUAGAUAACCAGAAGGGUCAUGUUUAUACCUAAAAUCAUUCUAGCAUUCAAAAAUUACUGAAUUGGGACUGUCUUAAAGUCUCCAUUUUGAAACUAUAUUUUUAAAAUUAGUAAUCUCUUGGGCUGGAGGUCUAGCUCAGUGGUAAAGUACUAGCCAGCAUGUACGAAGCCCUGUGUUACAUUCCCAGCACUGCAAAAGUAAAUAAAUAAAUAAGAUGUUAAUUUCUCCUAAA